CCCAACCAGAACGUGUUCCUGCUCACCGCACUGCUCGAUUGUCAUCCCUUCCCUCCUCCGCCGUGGACAUCCUACCCACCACAAAGGAGCCGAUAUAUCAAGCUGGAGUAACUGAAGAGUUGAAUCACCGAGAGGCAGAAGACCUUGCAAAUAGAAAAGGACGCCUAUUGUUCCUCCGCUCCAACGGAUGGACCCGGCGAUCAGCGUCCAGGGAGACGGAUUCCCAUAAUAAGGAAGGUCAAACCUUCCCUUGCUCUGCUUUACAACCAGAACUUUAUUCUCCCCGCCGUAGAAGCUGGGCUUCUAUGUUUUGCUAUGUUUAUUUGGCAUCGUGUCCUUAUUUCCAGGGAUGAACCGGGCUGGUGGAUUCUUGAUUUAAAAGGAAACAUCAAGGAGAAAUAGUAAAAAAUGCAAGCUUGAAGCUGGAGGAAAGAACCUCAAGGGGAAAAAGAAAAAGAGAGGGCAAAAGGAGGAUACGAGCAACAUUUUGCAAUUUAACAGGAUAAUCGGUUGGCCAUACGAUAUUUUGCAGAGCCAAAAAAACAAAGCUUUGGAAAACAAAGCUUGCUUUUCGAUAAUAAAAUAAAUCCGUCCCUUCUGAACUAAGGACAAUGAAGGCAGUGGUUUGCUGGCUGCUAAUGGCCGCCGUGGGAAUCAACGCUCAGAAGCCCGAAGGUGUCGAAAGCCGUGUGGCAGGAGGGACGCGAGAAUUCGUUUACGGACACCGAUACAGGCGCUCCAGCGAGGCGCAGGAGAAAUGCACCUACACAUUCAUUGUCCCACAGCAAAAGGUAACUGGGGCCAUUUGCGUGAACUCCAAGGAACCGGAUGCCAUCCUCCUAGAGAACAGGGUCAACAAGCAAGAGGUGGACCUUCUCAACCACGAGCUCCUGAAGCAGAAGAGGCAGAUAGAGACCCUGCAGCAGCUGGUGGAGGUGGACGGCGGCAUCGUCAGCGAGGUCAAGCUGCUGCGGAAAGAGAGCCGCAACAUGAAUUCCCGCGUCACCCAGCUGUACAUGCAGCUGCUGCACGAGAUCAUCCGGAAGCGGGACAACGCACUGGAGCUCUCCCAGCUGGAGAACAGGAUCUUGAACCAGACAGCCGAUAUGCUGCAGCUGGCUAAUAAGUAUAAGGACCUGGAGCACAAGUACCAAACCCUGGUCACCAUCGCCAAUAAUCAAUCGACAGUGAUCGCCCAGCUGGAAGAGCACUGCCAAAGAACGCCGGGCCUCAAGACGGUCCUCCAGCCGCAGCAGCCGCCGAAUCGCGUCUACCAGCCGCCCACGUACAAUCGCAUCACCAACCAAAUAUCCACCAACGAAAUACAGAGCGACCAGAAUUUGAAGGCUCUGCCGCCAAGCCUCCCGACUAUGCCACCCGUCACCAGCGUCCCAACUUCGACCGACAAGCCGUCAGGUCCUUGGCGAGACUGUUUACAAGCUCUAGAAGACGGCCACGGGACCAGCUCCAUCUAUCUUGUCAAACCUGAAAACGCCAACCGACUGAUGCAGGUCUGGUGCGAUCAGCGUCAAGACCCCGGCGGCUGGACCGUAAUUCAAAGGCGUUUGGAUGGCUCGGUUAAUUUCUUCAGGAACUGGGAAACGUAUAAGCAAGGGUUUGGUAACAUCGAUGGAGAGUACUGGCUGGGGUUGGAAAACAUUUACUGGCUGACCAACCAAGGCAACUACAAGUUGUUGGUAACCAUGGAGGACUGGUCGGGACGCAAAGUUUUCGCGGAAUACGCCAGCUUCCGUCUAGAGCCGGAAAGUGAAUUCUAUAAGUUGCGAGUGGGGCGAUACAACGGGAAUGCAGGAGAUUCCUUUACGUGGCACAACGGAAAACAAUUCACCACACUGGAUAGAGACCAUGAUGUAUACACAGGCAACUGCGCCCACUAUCAAAAAGGGGGCUGGUGGUACAACGCCUGCGCACACUCAAACCUCAAUGGCGUCUGGUACCGAGGAGGCCAUUACCGGAGUCGCUAUCAAGAUGGAGUCUAUUGGGCCGAAUUCCGGGGAGGAUCGUAUUCCCUGAAAAAAGUGGUGAUGAUGAUUAGGCCGAAUCCUAACACGUUCCACUGAAGGAGACAGCACCCUCUUCCAGAGGAGGGGGGAGAGUUGCGUAUGUUUCCCGGAAAACCCAUCUUCUCUGCGACAAAGAAUGUAAGAUAAUCUUGUACACACUGACUGCUAGAUAAGGAGACCCUGGAUAUCGGACUGUUCCAGAAUCGAUCUAGAACCAAAACAAGCAGCUUUCUUGGGAGGGGACAAUGCUCUUUGUCUGGAAACAAGGAACCACGCAAUCACUUUCAGAUGGCACGGGACCGUAGAUCAAACGGAGAUUCCAGGAAAGCCGCCACUCCAUCUAAAAUGCUUCCUAUGUUAGAUAUACUCUCAAAUCCUGCACAUAUUCGAAACUGUACAGUAUAAUAAUAGAUCCAUUUGACACAGGAAAUUAUAUCCUUUGAAGUUCUGUAGCCAGCAUGAGUAUCUUGUUGUUGUCCUUAGUUGUGAUGGGUCAUGUCCGACCCAUCGUGACCCCAUGGACAAUGUUCCUCCAGGCCUUCCUGUCCUCUACCAUCCU